AUGGAAGAGAGGCUGAAUCAUAUUGAACAAAAGGAUAAAAUGAAGAACAUAGUUGUAUCUGGAAUACCCAAGCAAGAAGAAGAAGUCAGCGAAACCAUGAAAAAACUUUUCAAAGCCAUGAAAGUGCAGAUUAAUGAUGGUGAUGUUCUGGAAACCUUUCGGCUGAAUUCCAAUGAAGAUGCACCCAUUCUACUGAAACUAAAAAAUAUGGAGGAAAAAAAUACACUGAUGUCAAAAAUUAGGGAUCUUAAAGGAAUCAAACUGAAUGAAUGUGGUUUGUCUGGAGGAAAUAAAAGUAUUUAUUUUAAUGAAGAUCUUACAAGACAAAACCAACUUCUUUUCAAAAAAGCAAGGGAGUUAAAAAAAGAAAAGAAAUAUAACAAAGCAUAUGUCUCAAAUGGAAAAAUCUAUUUGAAGAAGAAUGAGAACGAUCGACCAAUAAGAAUCACAAGUACAAUGCUACCGGUGUGGGGUAUCCUGAUUCUGCUCCUGUUACAAUGUGACGGCCUGUCAUCAGACAAUUGCGGUUUCAAUUCCAUGUGCACAUGUACUCCGGGACAACACGAUCAAGGAACAAGGACGAUCCACGGAGUUAGUUGUAUCUCGGUGCCUUUCUACAAGUUCCCCACGAUGCUCAGCUUGGGAUAUAUUCCAUAA